AUGAAGAAAUUGUUAUUGCUGCUAUUGUUAGCUACCUUAAGUUUAGGAGAGAUCUGUGUGAUUAGGGUAGGGAUGACUUAUAAUGAAGCAAGAGACUUAGAAAUAAGUAGAUUUAAUUGUUACAUGAAUUUUGAUGGAACCAUCGAAGCACUUACAAGAUGGAUUGAUAUAAUUGAACAUAGAGAAUAAGUUAUAAAUGAUCUGGAUGUGUUAGCAAAAAUGAUAAAGAUAAUUGAGAGUGCAAAGUAAGCUACUACAGUGAUUCGUGAAUAUGAGAGAAAUAAACCAUCAUUUAAAGUAUUUCUUUAAAAUGAAUGGACAUCUUGUAGAAUUGAAGAUGCUUAUGAUUAUGUGUAGCGUCUAAAUGCAUAAAGAUCUAAAGAAGAGAGAGUUGCAUUGGCUAAUUAGAUUAUUAAUUAUCUAAGAAAUGCAGAGAGAUAAAUCUAUGGAUAUGUUGAUUCAUGUCGAAAUGUUAGAUUAACAACACAUUUAAAAUAAAAGAUAGCAUAAUUAAAGGCUUUAAAAUAAGUUUGUGAGUAAGAACUCAAAAAAUAAUCACCAAGAGAUCUUAUAAUAGAAAGUGAUGAAGAUGAUGUAGUUUAUUAUUUUGAAGAAUAAGCUAAUGAUGAUUAAUAUGAUUAUGUUUAUGUUUAUGAAGAUGAAAUGGAAGCAGAAUUUCCAGUUGAUGAUUCAGAGCCUUAAGUUUAUAAACUUCCUCAAAAUCCAAAAGUAACAAAAAGUACUGUCAUAAAAACCAGAGAAAUUUAUGGGUCUUAAAAAGAUACUAGUAAAGUAGUUGAUGCUCAUUCUACCUAUGGACCUAUUGAAUAUAUAAGAAGUGGAGUAGGAGAAGAAUGUGAAUAUUAUGGAGAUACUGUAAAUUAACCAGAACCUGAUUAUGUUGAUGGAAUGGAAGAAACAGAAGAACAUCCAUAAGUAAAUGAUGAACCAGUACCAGAUGAUCAAAAAGAUACAGAAGAAGAGGUUGUUAUUAAUGAAGAAACUACAACUGAAGAAGUUGUAUAAGAUGAUCCAGUGCCAGAUGAUAAUAAAAUAACAGAAGAAGAGAGUAAAGAUACUACUGAAGACGAUCCAGUUCCAGAUGAUGAAAAAAUUACUGAAGAAACUGCUGAAGAUGAACCAGUUCCAGAUGAUGAGAAAAUUACAGAAGAGGCUACUGAAGAUGAACCUGUUCCAGAUGAUGAGAAAAUUACAGAAGAAACUAUUGAGGAUGAACCAGUACCUGAUGAUGAGAAAAUAACAGAAGAAAUUAUUGAGGAUGAACCAGUACCUGAUGAUGAAAAGAUAACAGAGGAAGAGGUUACUAUUGAAAUUACAGAAGAGACUUUAGAAGAAAUUGUUACUGAUGAUAAAGUUGAUGAUAAUAAAAAGAAAGUUAAGCCAUAAAGAAAAUAAAAAAAUAAAAAGGAAGGAAAGAAAGCUGAAGUGAUUACAAAGAAGAAGAAAAAUGAACAGAAAAAAUCUGAUGAAAAAAAAACUACUGUUAAAAAAUAAGAAAAUAACUCCAAGAAAUCAAAAGUUGUUUCGGAUACUAAGAAAAAGAAUAAGGAAAGUGUUGUUGAAGAUAAAAAAGUAGAUAAAAAGGAUGAUAUACCAUAGGAUGAGAAGAAAGAGAAUGGAGAGGAAGAUGGGGAAAUAUGUGUACCUUAGUUUAGAAAGAAACCAAAGAAGGUUUUGAAAAAAGUAAAGAGAUCAGGACCUCGUCGUAAAACUGGGUAAAAGACAAGAAAGGAAGCUAGGUAAGAGAAGAAGAUGGCAAAGAAAUAACCAUUACCUGCUGUUUGUUAUGGAAAUAAAAAUUAUGUUGAAGAGAUAGUUGGAGAAGAAGUGAUAGAAUCAUAUAACAAGGGAGCUAAUUAUUUGGCUCUAGAGAAUUAAUUAGAUGAUGUAGUUGAUGAAGAUAAGCAAGUUGAUUAAAGUGAGCAUGAUAGGUCAAUAAAAUUAACAUCUGUUAAGGAGGAAUUUAAUGUGAAUGAACCAACUUAAUUUUAACCACCUAAACAUAGAGCAAGUAGUGGUAGAGUAUAGGAGAAAAAAGCUAUAGCUGUAAAUACUAAAUAUUUCAAUUCAGAUUUUGAUGGAGACCCUACACAAGUAUUUGAAUUUGAGGAUAGAGCUCUAUUGUAGGAUGCAUCUGAGUAUGGAUAUGGAUAUUGGAUGAGGUUUAGUGAACAUUCAGUUAAAUAACAUGCACGUGAAGAGGGACAAUACUAUUUCUUAUCAAGAAUGACGACUAAUGAAGAAUAUUAAGAUUUUUCAUUUUAUGGUGAUAGAACAUUAGCUCUAUUUUUAUAUGACAAUUCAUUUGUGUUUUCUACUUAUGAUAUUACAACAUAGAGUAAAACAAAGGAUACCAAUGUGGUGUUGAACGAGAAUAUGGAUAGUAUAUGGUAUUUUGUAGCAUACACUUACAGUUCUUAAUAAAGAAAGGUCGUUGGAUAUAUAGUAAAAUAUGGAGAAGGAGCAUCUAAAUAUAGAAUAGAAAUUGAUGCUUAGCAUGUUCCACCAACAUAUGCUAAAUUCAUAUUUGGAGGAAAGCAUAUGGAUUAUUUGGGAUUGAAUGGAUAGUUUGCUAACAUUUUUUAUGAUGUUGAUGCUCCAGCUUUUAUUGAUGGAGAUGAAAGUUUGGAAGAAACUAUUAAGACAUUAAGUAAUAUGCCUUAAUAAUUACCAAUAUUGAUAGAAGAGACAAUAAUAACUAAACCAAUUUUAAUAAGUGGUAAUGAGAAAGGAGAACAUUUUCAUUUUGAUCCUCAAGAAUCAUAAUUAUUAAUUGAAGAAUAUGCAGUAGCGUUUUGGUUUAGAUGGGUGGAUGAUCUAAAAGUAGAUGAACCAAAUGCAUUUUAAUUAAUUAAUUUAAGAUCAAAUAAAGUGCGUACUUAAGGUAAAGGAGUACUAGGUGAUAGAGCUUUAGAAGUUCAUCAUAUAUAUGGUGGAGGUAUAAAGAGCAAUGUAUAUUUCAAUACAUACAGUGUAUAUGGAAAUAGAGGAAAAGGAUCUGUGAAUAUAUUAAAGAGUAUAGAGAGUGUUGAAUAUGUUUGGACAUAUGUCUAUUUUGGAUAUAAGGAUAGUAGAGCUUAUGGUGCUUUAAUAAAACCUUAAGUAACUGGAGAAGUAAAAUUUGAAGGUGUUUACCAUAAAUAAGUUAAUCAUUUAAGUGUAACAGUAGGAGGAGAUGAAACAAUAUCUGCAUUCAAUGGGAAGAUAGCAUUUGUUGGAAUCUAUUUAGGGGAGGGAUCUUAUAGAGAAGGAUUAGACUUUUAGACUACUUUUAAUUACGGAGAAGGUGUAAUGGGAGUAUAUUAAGUAGGUAAACCAGUAACUUAUUUGGGAGUCGAUUAAAAUAGAUAUAUAGAAUAUGAUUAAUAGGAGAAUGUAGUAGAUAAGAUAAUUAUUCAUGAUGAAAAUGGAAUGAAAAUUAAUGGAUAAAGUGAAUAUGCUUUUGGACUUUGGACUAGAUGGUUGACUACUUUACCAAAAUAUUUAAGUAAGAGAUCUCCAGUCCAUAACAUAGCUAAAGUGGGUACUUAAGGUUAUAUAAUUGAAUCUGUGGAUGGUAAAUGGGUGAGAGCUAAUGGAGGUAGAGCUUAAACACUUAAAGAUAUAACUUUAGCAUGUGUAUUGACUUAGGAAUCAUAUGAAUUCCAAACUCUUAGUCUUAAAGAUGAUAUCCCAUAUAUUAAUUUAGAAGGUUAAUGGAAUUAUGUUUAUUUUGGAUAUAAGAGAUAUGGUGAUAAGGGAGUUGCUAAAGGUUAUAUACAAUUUGGAGUAGAUGGUGAAAUCGAAGAAGUAGCUUUUAAUGUUUAUCAUGAUUUCUUAAUUGAAUAUGUUGAAUUCAUUGUAGGUAAGACAUCUGCUCCAUUAUUUAAUGGUGAAAUUGCUAGAGUUACAUUCAGUUUUGGCCCUGGAGCAUUUGUACCAAAUAAAGAUACUUUGAAAGUCUAUACAUAAAAUUCAUUACCUGAAAAAGCCUAAAUUCAUCCUGUCACUAGAUAGACUUUACAAUUAUUUGGAUCUGCUAUUACAAUAGCUGAAGAUCCAAUCUAAUUUGAAUUUGAUAAAUAUUAGGGAGCUGAAGAAUAUUCAAUUUCUGGAUGGGUUAGAUGGAGUGGAUCACUUGUUACUGGUUAAGAAUCACAUGUGAUUACACUUGCUUAAAAGAGAUUGCUUGAUUUAGAUGGAAACAAAGAAGAAACCUUAUAAAUUAUUAGAGGAGACUCUCUUUAUAGAUUUAUUACCUAUACUAAUAAUGGAAAAUUGAUUCCUGCUGAACAAGAAUUCCAUGAAUAUGCGGAUUAAUGGACUUACUUAUAUUAUGGAUAUUCUAAAUAAAAAUUAAAAACAUAUGGUUAUGUAAGAUUUGCAUUCUCAAAUGCUGAAUUUACAUAAGAAAACAUUUCUCACUUUUAUUUAGCUGUUUUUAGUAUUAUGGUUGGUCAUUAAAGAUAAUCUUACGUUGAUUUUGUUGGUUAAAUGAAAACAUGGGUAGUCAAUGUAGGUUUUGGUGCUUAUAGAGAGGGUAAUUUUGAAGAAGAUGAAAAUAUUAAAAUUCAUUUUGGAUUUAUUAGUGGAGCUGAUCAUAUAAAAUAAGCAGGAUAAGAAGCACAUCAUGAAGAGAAGAUCUUAGAAUGUGCAACUUAAGAAGAAGAACCUCCCAUGUAGAUACAUUUCUAAUAAAGUUCUACUCUUUAAUUACAUGGAGUAUCAGAAUAUGGUUAUGGAUUUUGGUUAAGAUAUUAAUUUUUUGGAAACAAAUAAAAAAUAUAUACACAACCUUAACUGAUGGGUAUUGCUAGAUUAACUACUAAUAAGGAUUAUAAAGAUUUUGAUAAUCCAGGUGAUAGAGUAUUGUUAGUUUUGAUGGGUAGAAAGACUUUCUCUUUUGGAACAUAUGAUGUUACAACUAAAGCAAACAAUGUGGGAGGUGAUCUUGAGUACAAAAGAGAGACUGAAGGAGAAUGGUAAUAUUUAUAUUUCAGUUAUAAGAGAUAUACUUAAUAAGAAGGACAUGCAAUUGCUUUUACUUAAUUUAAAGAUCAUACUGAAGGAUUAAAAAUGGAUGUUUUACAUUCUUUACUAACAAACUAUCUAUACUUUUCUGUUGGUCAUGCUGGUAAAUAUUAUGCUAAUUUUAAUGGUUAAAUAACAAAAGUCAGAUUUAAUUUGGGUCCAGGUUCUUUUAUUGAGAAUAAAGCUGAUUUGCUAUCUAGAAUAAAGACAAAAGAUACGAUUCCAGAUGUAGAAUAGGUUAGUAAGAAUAUAGAAAUUUUAUCUGGAAUACAUGAUGUAAGAAAAUUAGAUGAGAAGCAUCACUUAACAAAAUACAACCAAGAAGUAAGAGAAUAUGGGGUUUAAUUAUGGUUUAGAUGGUUUAAGAGUUAGAAGAGCACUUAAUUAAUGUAUAGAUUGACAUCAAAUGGAGAAGAGAGUCUUGGAGAUGCUCAAAAGAUUGGUGAUCGUACUUUAGUAUUAUGUCAUACAGACGGAUUGGAAUUUAGUACAUAUAAUUUGGGUGAGAAGACAGUUUAAUUGAAUAAUGCAUAUGGAGUUUAGAUUUCAAAAUAGAAUUAGGAAGUAUGGACAUUUGUAUAUUUUGCAUAUUCAAAAGAGAGUUAAUAAAUAGUUUAUUAUAUAAAUACAGAGGAUAAUGAGUAACAUGGAUUAGAAUCUGCUUUACAUGCAGUUUCAUCUAAUUAUUGGUUCUAUUUGGCUAAAGAUGCACUUUUAAAUUCAUAUGAUAGUCGAUUGGCAUAGGUAGUAUUGAAUUUGGGUAAUGGAGCAUUUAGAAAGGAUAAUUUCAAAGGUUUGAUGGUAUUUUUAUAAUCUCCAAAAUUAUUUAAUCCAAAUGCAAAAUUGUAAUGGGAUUAUGAAGAAGAUGAAUUGGUACUAGAUUCUUAAGAUGCAGAAAAGUAAGGAGUGACAAUAAGAAUAGCAGAGCCAAAUCAAAAGAUUGAGAGUAUAUAGGAAUAUUCAGUAGGAUUAUGGAUUAGAUUCUUGUAAGCUUGGCCAUCAAGAUUAUGGAAUAUUCCAAGUGAGAUGUAGAUUUUCAGAUUGACUUCAAAUGAAGAAUUGGAAAAUGGGAAGAUAGUAAUAGGUGAUAGAGUUUUAAGUUCAUAUUUAGUACAUGAUAACUUUUAGUUUGGUGCAUAUGAUAUAAAUGAGGAUGCACCUAAUGAAAUAUCUACAAUUUCUUACAAUUAAUUAGAAGGUAGAUGGCAUUAUAUUUAUGCUGGAUAUAAGAGAUCGAUAUAGGAAGCCAUUUAUUAUGUUUAUGAUGGAGAACAUAUUCAAAAGACAAAGAAUGAAUAAUUAUUGUAGAGACCAUUAAAUGAAUGGAUAAAGUUGAUAUUAGGAGGUGAAAAGAAUGUUCCUGGAUUCCAUGGAUUAUUGAGUCAGAUUUCAGCUCAUUUGGGAAAGGAAGCCUAUAUAGAUGAUGAAGAAUAAUUAUUAAAGGCAAUAGAAUCUAGUUAUGCUUUACCAUUAGAAUUGACUGUAGGAUAUAUACAAAAAUAGAAGAAAGGAUAAGUAGAAUUAGAAUAAUAUAAAUCAUAAGAACUUACAUAAUUAUAAGGAAUAGGAGAAUAUGCUAUAAGUGGAUGGUUUAAGAUUGCAGAAGUAUAAACUAAAAUUGAAGGAGAAAUUACUUCACCAUGUUAGAUUUUAUUCAGGUUGACUAACAAUAAUGAGGAACAUCUAUUUGAUAGGAAAAUAUAAGGAGAUCGAACUUUGUAUGCUUAAGUCUGUACUAGUGAUACAGUUAAAGUUAGUACUUACAGUAUUGCAGGAUUGAAAGAUUGGAAUGAAGCUAAAUUUUUAGAAGCUAAAGCAGAAAUGGGUAAUUCUAAAAGAGCUUGGACAUAUUUCUAUAUGAGUUAUAGUGAAGAAAAGAGAGAAGUUGCUACAUUACUUAAAUUGUUUGAAAAAGAUGUACCUAUUGUAUUCAAGGAUAUUUAACAUUUUGUUGCUAAUAACAUGUUCAUUUAUUUAGGCAAAGAUUAAUUCAGUAGAAAAUUCCAAGGAGAAUAACAUAAAUGGGAAUUAUUAUUUGGAUCAGGAUCUCAUACUUAUAAUGAGGAAAUUAUGCCAAAUCUUAGGUAUAUAAUUAAAAACAAGAAGAACAUGUGGUUUAUGAAAGAAGAUAAAAAAAUCGAAUCCAAAUUACAAUAAACUUUUAAUACAGAAGUAGAAUCUGUUGAUGAAUAUGCUGUUGGUAUGUGGACAAGAUGGUUAAUUGCUUUUCCAAAUACUCUAACUGAAAGAUCUGAUACUCAUACUAUCUUCCGAUUUUCUUAAACUACAGAAUAUUAGGAUAAAGCUGAAUUAGGAAAUAGAGCAUUAUCUGCAUUCUUAAAAAAAGGAUUUUAUGAAUUUAGCACUUAUGAUUUAUCAGCACCCAAUAAUGCUGUUGAUGCUAAAAUUAAUUAUGAAAAUUUAGAAGGAGAAUGGAAUUACAUUUAUGCAAGUUAUAAAAAUAAAUAGUUUUAUGGAUUAAUUAUUUUCAAAGAUAGAGAACAUGUUGAAUAAAUACAAUUAGAUGUUACUCAUUUUGUAUUUACUGGUUAUGCAUCAUUAGUAUUAGCUGCAAAUGAAUUUGGCUAUAAAGCAUUCCAUGGAUGGAUCUAUGAUCCCAGAGUAUUUCUUGGUGUUGGUGCUUUCUUAAAUAAUGCUGAAACCAUUGUAGAAAUGGUUAAUAAAUUACAUCGUAAAAUUCCCAUUUGUUCAUAAUCUUCUGAAGGAUUUAGUUGGCCUGUCAAAAUGCUAGAUACUACUAAUUGGGAUGAUUUGGAUGAAAAAAAAAAUGAACUUAAAUAUCAAUUUGAUGAUAAAUAAGAAAUGCUCAGUUACAGUCUUGGCUUCUGGUACUAGAAUGCUCCUUUGUUACCUGAAAUGGAAAAUGAAUUCAGAGGACUUUUAAGAUUAACUUCUAAUAAUGAAGAAGUAGGUUAGGAUAACCAAUUCAUUGGAGAUAGAACAUUAGCUCUAUUCACUAAAAUUAAUGAAAUAGUUGCUGCUACCUAUACAAUUAAGGAUCCUUCAUUUGAAUCUUUGGAACAUUCAUUUCCUAUUAAACCUUAUCAAUGGACCUUUGUAUAUUUUGGUUAUCAUUAAAAUGAAGUAAGAGCUUAUGUUUUACAACCAGCUGGAAUUUAAGAACACACACAAUAAGCAACUCAUAUGAUUCCAAACAAAUUGUACUUACAUUUAGUAAAUGAUAUUGGACGUCCAUCAUUUUGGGUAUUUUUCCUAUUUUAUUUUUUUUAGGGUAAAUUGUAUGGAUUAAAACUGAACUUUGGUGACGGUAGCUACUUAGAAAAACCCUAGUAACUCAUAGAUAGAUGGCCUUUUGAUCCAAAUAAGAUUACACUAACCAAAUAAGAGACAGGAACCAAAGAAUGA